GUCCCCUUGGACGCGACCCACCCCACCCAGUCCCUCCUCCCUCGUCCCCGUCCCGCCCCCUUCACUUCAUUCGUCGUUUCCUCCCACACUCUCUCUUCUCCACCACUCAGAACCCCCGCCGUCGCGGCUGUCUGGUCCAACCGGUAUCGUUCGCGCGCUUUUCGGUUAACUACCCGGUUCACUUUGUACCCGUCGAUCCUUGACCCGCUCCACCUCCCCUCCCUGUGUGGCACACCAUGUAUACUACUCAACAUCCCGUUUCCGCCCCGAUGAACGGCAUGGGUUCCGAUCUGAUUGAUGGUUCUGGCACUAUCAACCCUGCUGCUUUGAACACUCCUGUCCCUGUUUCGCAGUCUUCUCUUGCCGCGCCUUCCGCGACUACCACCUCCAAUGUCAACUCCAGCGCAAGCCCAAGAGGCACGAAACGAAGUAGACCAACAGAACAGUAUGGCGAUCAGCCUGCGGAAGGUGAAAUAGAGGAAGUCCCGGAUGAUCAUGGCCGUCGCAAAAGAGGUCGACCGCCCAAGACGCCCAAAGUCUCGUCCGCCACAAACCCGGCUGCUACACCUGCAUCGCAAAGGCCAAAAUCGUCCCCCGCUCAGACACAGAUUUCUCAUCUCCCUCCUCAGCCUAUCCCACAACAUGCCACGGCCACCGCACAGACGUCUACGCCAGCUAAAACCACACUCACCAAGUCACUAGUCAAGGCCCUACCUACCGUUAGAGACCAUACCACGGACCAGUUGGGGGAAGAAGGAGAUGAAUAUAUACCCAAAGAAUUCGACGAGAAUGGUGAAAAGAAAGUCGACGCGCUGGGUUACCCACAGGACAAACGCAAGUAUAAAUGCAGGACCUUCUGUGUGCCGAACCGCGGAAAGAAACUCUUCAUGCUGGCCACGGAAUGCGCUAGAGUGCUGGGAUAUCGAGAUUCUUAUCUUCUCUUCAACAAGAAUAGAUCACUCUAUAAAAUUAUUGCAAGCCAAGCAGAGAAGGAUUCCUUGAUUCAGCAGGACAUUUUGCCGUACUCGUAUCGUUCUCGACAGAUCGCGAUUGUGACAGCGAAAUCUAUGUUCCGUCAAUUCGGCAGCAGAGUCAUUCUUGAGGGACGGCGGGUUCGAGAUGAUUAUUGGGAGAGCAAGGCCCGAAAGCAAGGUUUUACUGAAGAGGAUCUGGCCGGCGAGAAACGACCAGGGGCUGCGAAGGCCAGAGAUGCGGCCGCUGCAGAGGCCGCAAAUGCGGGACUGAUACCAAAUUUGGGCCAGAGCGAUAUUAUAUAUAGCAACGGCCCUCAUAUUGACGGCAUCCCACCCGACAUGCCUCCGCAUCCAGCGAGUCUAACGCCUCUGCCCAUGAUUCAUUUGGCCCCAGCAGAUGAUCCUCGACUGAGAGAGUUCAACUCCAUACCUCGACCGAGACAGGAACCCACAGGGCAACCAUUCCACGACCGUACCCAACCUAGCAGUGGUGCAGAAAUAAUGAACCAUGCAUCUCAUACUGCCGACUUUAGCAAGAUUUUAAAUCAGCAACGUGGAUAUCGUGCGAAAGGACUUGACGAACACUGGAAUAAGAAGCGCGAUACCCCUCUGUCCAGUCAAUCGCCAGCUGGUCAAGUCGAGCACCCCCCAGGGGGCCAUCAGUCGCUCCAAUCGCCACAACUGACAUCUGGUAUGAUUAAUGCCAACCAACACCCAACCGUUUUGCCGCAUACGCAAAUGAUGACCCCUCAACAAUCCUAUUCUCAGCCUUCCCAUCAACAAAUGUCCAUACCCCAAUCUCCGCUGCGAGGAAUGCCGCAGGGAAUGCGCCCUGAUCAGCCUCAGCAUCGCUCAUCUAGCAUCUCCCUUGCUUCUCCCGGCUCAAGUCAAACCUCGCAGUAUCCUUACCCUCAAAAUCCACAACUUUGGGGUCAGCCACCUCCGCAACCACAGCCAUCCCCCCUGUCCGCGUCCCACUCGAUUGGAGUGUCACAAUACGCUCCACAGAUGCACCCGCAACAACAGCAAUCCCCUUCGCCGCAUCUACACAACACGCAACCACUCCGCCAUUCCCAGUCUCCGCGCCACCAACACCGUGCUCCACCUUCUCAGCUUCACGCACAGACACCAUCCCAACAGCAGCAGCAGCAACAACAGCAACAACAACAGCAGCAUCAGCAGCAUCAGCAGCAGCAGCAUCAGCAACAACAGAAUCUUGCCGCUAUGGGUUACCCGGGUGUCUCAGCAGCUGCAUACUCUAACAUGGCAGCCACGCGCGCCAUGUACCCAUCCUCCCAAGGCCCUGCCGGCUCGCAGCAGUAUAUGUCCGGACCGCAAUCAGCAAUGGGUAUGGGCAUGGGUACCAGUGCUUCCAUGCCGGGGUGGCCUAGCACCACGGCUGGAGGGUCGAUGCAACCUGGUGGACAGCCACAGCCGGGCUCAGGACCUGGUGGCUGGCCAUCGUCAUUUUGAAGAAGCUGUGAAGUGAUGGAUUGGGUAGGAAAUUUGUUUUUAUGUGAAACUCAAAAAGAAACGAUAGCUUGCCGGAACUUGCAUUUGUUUCUCACUAUAAUUUGUUCACUUCACUACUCAUACCUGGUUUUUGCUUUUCUUUCCUUUUUCUUCCCCAUCUUGACUCUUUCGUUGAUGGCUGUUUUGUUUUAUUUAUUUUUAUGACUCCAUAUUCUCCCUGUUUUAUUUAUUUGAAACUCGCUUUUUCCCUUUUCGAGUCUGGGUUUUAAAAAUUGAUACCUCUAAUGCAAUAAUUUGUUCCUGAACAUAUAGAUGUAAUCACUAACCUAUUCUUUUUCUUUAUACACAACUGUUGACACUGCUUCUCACUUCUCUUCUACAAUUGUUUCUAUGUAUCUAUUCAACAUUUCCUUUCUUCAUUGCUACUUAUACUGUUGGUUCUUUUCACUCAUCAUAUCUUCAUUUCUCUUUUCUCUUGUUUCCCCCUUGAAAAAACAUAUUCAUCUUCACUUUUCUCAUCAUGUAUUCAUUUCCAUCAAUUCAUUCAUCUCUCAAUUUGGUAAAGCUUUUCCUUUCUUCUUUGUCUCUUUUUCUACUUUUCUUUUGAGUCACGCACACAUCCUCCCCCUUUUUCUCCCUCUUUUCCCCACCUCUGUUUUCUUUCUUCUUCAUUGCCUAUAGCAAAAUGUACAAGGUUUGUCUGUUACUUCUUGUCUCAUCAUUGUCAAAGUCAUUUCUUCUUUAUUACAUUUUUAUUUACUGCUUACUCUUUUCCACUCAUUAUCACAUUCUGUUCCUGCAACCUACUUUAUCUUAUUACUUUUUAACUUAGUAUUAGUGUUAUUACUUAAGUUCUUUUCUCUUCUCCUUUCUCUUCUUUUUCUUCUACUAUAUACAUUUUUACUCUUGUGUUAAUUAUAUUUUAAUUCAUUCUUCUUUAUAUAGCUAUGUUCUGUUCUGUCAUCUGGAAUUUUUUCAUGAUAUAAUUUGUAUUAAUUGUAUCUAGUUUUUGUCUUACAUUUAUGGUUUUCUUUUCUCAUGUCUGUGCUUUAACUUUUCAUGUAUUCAUUCAUUCUAGUUUUUUUUUGUGUUUUUGAUGAUGGCUUUUUUCCCUUCUCUUUUUACUCUUCAAUAAAACAAAAAUGUGUUUCAGCUAGCUUGAUGCAUUUAUUGAUUGAAUCACUGAACUGAGUUUGAACUGAACCUUUUACUCUAUCAAAAUGUUGCCAGAAGAAGCAAAGAAUAAAAUAAUAUUUUAUUUCUAUUAUAUACAAUGUGCCCGGUAGUAAGUGACAUAUGCUAUUUAUAUUAAUAGAAUUGAGUAAUGCUGUAUUAUAAAGGUGUAUAGAUAUGAAGAAUUAAACAGCAAUAUUAUAUUCCGGGCGUAUACGCUGGUUGUAGAGAAGCAGUAGGAAGAUAGAUAGAUAUUGUAGACGUUUAUCAUAGAGUAG